CUGAUGAAGACAACAAAACUGUGGCAACACCACACAACAUCCAUUUGUUUUUAUUUUCCUCACGGUUCUUCUGCAUUUUCUCGCUUUUCCACAUUAAAUAAUGGCCAAACAUCAUCCAGACUUGAUCUUCUGCCGAAAACAGCCAGGAGUUGCUAUUGGACGCCUCUGCGAGAAAUGCGAUGGAAAAUGCGUGAUUUGUGACUCAUACGUGCGUCCUUGCACCUUGGUCAGAAUCUGCGAUGAAUGCAAUUACGGAUCGUAUCAGGGCAGAUGUGUAAUCUGUGGAGGUCCAGGAGUCUCAGAUGCCUACUACUGCAAAGAAUGCACAAUCCAAGAGAAAGAUAGAGACGGAUGUCCAAAGAUUGUGAAUCUAGGCAGUUCCAAGACAGAUCUGUUCUACGAGAGGAAGAAAUACGGUUUCAAGCAAAGGUAGAAAGAAUAAAUAUUGCACCAAUACCUGUC